AAUUUUUAUAAUUACUUUGUAAGGAUGAAAAUUUGUGUAAAUAUGAUAAGUUAAGGGGUAUGUUUGUGUUAUUUUUCCCAAAAAAAAAAAAAAAAGUCGACCCAUUCUCGUUAACUGCACUCUAACAUGGGCCACAAAGAAAGAGAAGCCCAAGUUCGGCCCAUUCUCAGAAAAUCCAAAAGGUGAGGCAAAACCGUCAUUGACUUCAGUGAAGCUGCAAUCCAUGGCGGCUUAAUCGAAAACCUUGUACUCCUCCAUUGAUCUUCUCUUUCCCUUUUUGCUUUUGCUGCUAAUGGCGUCCACACUAACUCGCAGAUUUACUACCAAAUUUCUCAAAAAUCCUUCUUCUUUUUUAUUUCUCAGAAAUCCCCAAAUUAACCCUAAACUCUCAACCCCUUUUGUCCACUCUCAAAAUCACCCACCAUUUCUCGGGAUAAUCAGAAACUCCAUACCCAAUUUGAACAACAUGGAUUUUCAACCACAUGGAUUUCCAGGGAAGAUGAAUUAUCGAAAUCCUUCAUCGCUAAAUUUGAGAUAUUUUUCAUCUGGUAAUGGUAGUGAAAACCCUAAAAACCCGACUGAGUACCCGAGUGAAAACCCGGAAUUUAAGCACCAGGAGAUCACAGGCCCAACGGUUGAUCGCGACGUUACGCCACUCGCAAAUGAGACCCGCGAAGUGCUUGAGAAAAUGCUUAAGACAAUGUACAGUUUGAGCAAAGCAUUUGCUGUACUGGGGCUUAUUCAGCUUGGUUUAGGAGGUUGGAUUACGUAUACGACGCAGUCGUCGCCGAUGCCUGAGAUUUCAAUACAGAGUUUUCUGGCAUUUGGGUUGCCGUUUUCGUUGGCAUUCAUGAUGAGAAGAUCGUUGAAGCCGAUUUACUUCUUUAAGAAAAUGGAAGGACAAAGUAGGUUGCAGAUUUUGACACUUGCUCUUCAGACUGCUAAGCAAUUGAAUUUGUUGUUUGUUCGCGUUCAAGGUGUUACUUACUCUUGUGUUGCUGUUACUUCCCUUGGAUUGAUACUUGUUGUAUUCUCUAGAUUGAGUAAUUAGUUAUCUGCUACUUUAAAUACGUCGAUAAGGAAGCUGAAUAAGAGUUGCCAAUUUUCGAUUUGAAACAGAAGCUUUGUUGAUUGUGAAGUUCGUUGUUGCCCGGCAAUUUAAGUAGUUGCAAGAAGUGUUUGAUGUUGUAUCUGUGAGCAGAAUACCGAUCAAGAUUAAAUUUUCUGCGUAAGCUUUAGCAGUGACUUCUGCAAUCCCAUGUUGAGUAAAAAGAAAAGCUAUCAUACUUCCGUUUUGAUAGAGAUAUUUGGUCCACUCCUGAUCUUUAGAUUUUAAACAGAAGCUUUGUUGACUGACAAGUUUUUGUUGUUCCGCGAUUUACGUAGCUGGAAGAAGUAUUUGAUCCUGAAUCUGUAAGCAUAAUAUUGAUCAAGAUUAGAUUUUCUCGGAAAGUUGUACCGAUUUGACUUCUUCAAUUCAAUGUUGAAUACAAAAGAAAAUCUAUCCUACCUUUGUUUUUGCUAUGU